UACCGCCUGCAACUUGUUGUGCACACCGCGACCUACCGGCAGUCUACCGCGAAUGGUGAUGAAAACAACAGACCGCAUCUGCUGAACUAAGCCCAGAUUUUACACCUUUGUUCUCCCUGACUGCCUCCCAAGUGUCAAACUGGACAUCCUCGGGAGACCAUUUCGAAUGUAAGGCAUUUUAUCUGUUCGUUAGGUCCUCAGGAGUUGUUUUCAGUGUAUAGACCGGGUGUUAAUCAGAGAGUUUUGUGGGGAAAAAAAAUCACCGACUGUUCUGUUGGUGGUCGUCGGACGUUGCUCUAGAGCGCAACGGGUUGCUCGUUGAAAACUCUUUACGCAGGCUAGACGAACUGAAAAUGGCGACUGCCGAGUUUGUAGGAGCUAAUUUGGGGCCAAUGCACCCCAUGCAUAGUGUGGUUGGGCAACCUAUCAUCGAUAUGGGACUUAAUGGAGAUGUUGUCGACUCCAGGAAGAGGCCGUUGGAAGGAGACAUCGAAGGGGGAGUAUCCAAACGUUCACACACAGUCGGCAUGAUCGGCAAUGGUGAUGACACCAAAUACAUGUUAAAAAUGUUGAUCCCCAGCACAGUGGCAGGUUCUAUUAUAGGAAAGGGGGGACAAACCAUCGCUCAGCUACAGAAGGACACAAAAACCAUCAUCAAACUAUCCAAAAACAACGAUUUCUAUCCAGGUACAACGGAGCGUGUAGCGUUGAUGACAGGUACAGUUGAGGCAGUGAACAACGUUUGCUCUUUCAUCAUUGACAAGCUGAAGGAGUCUCAGCAGCAGGUGACCAAGACAGGAGUAGAGACAAAUCUCAUCCCACCGGACAGAGCAAGACAGGUGAAGGUUGUGGUGCCAAACAGUACAGCUGGUCUGAUCAUAGGCAAAGCUGGGGCUAUGAUCAAACACAUCAUGGAGCAGAGCGGGUCUCGGGUUCAAAUCUCACAGAAGUCAGACGGCAUCACACUCACGGAACGGGUAAUCACAAUAACGGGGGAGGGGGAUCCAAACAAAAAAGCCUUGUCUUUCGUCGUUGACAAAGUGCAAGAGGAUCCACAGAGUGGCAGUUGUAACAACCUGAGCUACGCCACUGCCACGUUUCCCGUGGCCAAUUCCAAUCCUACAGGUUCUCCGUUCGCAGACAACGCUGUCGCAGCUGUGGUUCCCACCUCCAUGGUCAAGGCCCAGAUUCCUAUAACCCCUGCAGGGCUAGCAGGGCUUCCGGCGUCAGCUUUAGGUGCUACUGGUGUUUCCAUCCCCCAACAGUCCUACGCUCGGGUGCCAACGACUUUAUCGUAUAGUACAAAUGAUGCAGCAGCCAUUAAUGCCCUAAAUACCUUAGCUAGUUAUAAUUACACCUUAGGGGGUAUUCCAGUACCAGCUGGAUUAGCGGCACAUGGUUCCCUGUUUGCUGGUACCCCGGCUCAUAUGCAGCAUGCGCAGAUGAUCCCAUCCGGUUUACUAGGUACGUAUCAAGUAGCAGCAGUCGCUGGUAGUCCCAAAACAACUCCGCCCAGUCCAUUAAACCUAUCGUGUUCAGUCGGAGAGAGCCCUAUUCUCAAUGGCUCUCCCACGUUUACCGUCCCAAGUCACCACCUUCAAGAGUCCACAGUGCCUGGCAUGGGGGUCGCAGCGCCAAUGGGCAGCCUCACAGGUAUGGGUGCUGGCCUUGGUGCCUUUUCCCUUCAACAAGAUUCGAUACCCACCCACAGUAUCAAAGAUAUCUCCAGGGACACUAUUUUGGAAAUUGACGUUCCCGAAAACCUUGUUGGUGCUAUUCUGGGCAAGCGAGGGCAGACUUUGGUGGAGUUUCAAACUACCUCGGGUGCUAAAAUUCAGAUUUCAAAGAAAGGGGAGUAUGUCCCAGGUACACGUAACCGCAAAGUGACCAUUACAGGAGCUCCUAACCAGGCCCAGCUUGCCCACUUCUUUGUCACUCAAAAGGUGGCUCAAGAAGAGCAAAACCGAGCAUUAAAGGGGACCACAUAGGUUCGGAUCGACUCUAAAUGAUAGUGAAGCUUUAAUGUAACACUACAGUCACUGUGCCUUGUGAGUCCCAUUCCAAAUGGAGAGAGACCUCUCCUGUAUAAACACAUUGACAGAAACAACCCAAAGUGUGUUUGGGAUGGCUUUUAUGUGCUUUCAGUUUGAAAUUCAAAAUCAGCUAUGGGACCAUGAUCAAACCAUUGAAAAGAAAGAAAGACAAAGCUGAAAGAGAAGUUUGAUAACACCUUGAUUUGCUUUUUGGAAAAAACCAAAAACAUUACCGAUAGUCGGAGGAUGAAGUUAAUUUUUAUUGACCAAAAUGUUUUAAAAAGGAAUGUUUUCUUUCUGACGUGACGAAAGUGUACAGAAUAUAAUCAGUUUGAAAUAAGGAAAAAGCGCAGAACAAUUUUGAGCCAGAGAUGUGGUAAAAUUGAAGAGGGACGCGCAAUAUUUGGAGAUGACCGCCGAAAGUCUGAGACGGAAGCCGAUGAUUGCUGGAGCUUAAAUCCCACCAAAGUAAGUUUAUUUAACGAAAACAAAAUGAACUCUUCCUGAUAUUUUGUGAUUUAUUUUUUCGUGUUUUUUUUUGCAUCAACUCCUUAAUGAAUGAAUGAUUGAGUGAAUGUGGUUUAUGCAAAAAUGUAUUUGUUUUUUUGUUAUUUUUGUUUUUUGUGUAUGCAAAGUAAAGUUUAAAAUGUGAAUUAUAGAAAUUUUUUAAAAACGUUUUAGUGGAGAGUGAGAGGAAAAAGCAGUGGAAUCAAAAACAUCUCAUAAAUAAUUUUUUUUUUUUUUUUUUUUUUAGACUAGCGGUGAUGAAAAACCACAAUCCAAAUGCCAAACUGUAAAAAAAGAAAUCAAACCGAUAUUUAUGAGAAAUGGAAAAGUUUAAAAGAUAUUAAUUAAUGAACACUGAUGAGAAAAACAAUGCCUUGAUUUGAAGUAGAAGAUGAUUGUGCAAUAUUGUGCACGCUUUCACUAAUUAACGUCACUGAUGCCUUAGAUGUAGUCGCUGCCAGGGAAGACUCAUCCAGUCUCUGGACCCCUAUAUCCAACCACCUUUUUCCCCCCAUGGUGCUGGGUAGCAACUGCUGGUAAUUAAUCAGGAACGCUCAAGUCCACGUAACACCCUAUUGUUUUUAUAUUAGUUUGAACAUCCAUCACACUCAAUCAUCUGCUGUUGCCCAAAAUGCAGUUUUUGUCAUGAUACUAACACUUGAGUCAUCAUUGUUGAUGUUUUUUUUUUUUUUUAAGAAAUUUCACAUCAGUUCUUUACACAGUGCUUUAUUUUUUUUCUUCCCCCUAUGUUAAUUAACGUGAGGUUUACAAUUUCCACCACUGCUUUUCAUUGGAUGAGUUACAUUACAUGUUAACCUUGCCAUGUAAAAGAGUAUUGUCUGAAAGCUGACUGGUCUGGUAACAAGCCUCAUCUUAUUUACUUCAGUUGGUACAUAAAACUAGUCAGUGUACAAUCCUUGAAGCAGAAUUCUCAACAUGUGCCAUUUGAAUUAUUUCUGUUUAAUUUUUUUUUUUUUUUGAAGCUGCAUGAUUUUGAUUUUAAUCAGUGCUUAAUCUAAAUCAGUAAUGAUUUAAGAUUUACAUGUAAAUGUUUAUAACAUUAUAUAUAUAUAUAUAUUAAAGUAUAUAUCCUGAAGUUAAGUUUUCAUAUGGAAAAUGGAAAUCGGUGCAAAUUCUUUUCUGUUGUUGAAAUUCUGAAUUUGAAGCAAAAUGACAAUCAUAACGUGAAGGGCGAUCACUCUACAGUGGGGAAGGGCCAUAGAUGUGUUUUCAAUGCCUUUUAGUUUAGCACCAAAAACCUUUUUGCAUGAUGGCUACCUUCCAACUCAAGCCACUUCAAUUCAAAUCACAGCAUUCAAAGUCCGCCCACGAAUAAUCACACAUUACUUGCAUGAGGUCACAUGACUCCAUUUCACCCCUGUGAAUGGCCAGACAGAUGUCACUUCAUGACGAACAGCAACAUAUCAUAAAGUUUGACGACCUUCCCCCCUCUAGAUUUGAUACCCUUCAGGACCAUACUAAUCUCUAAUCAAGUUCCUUCACGAUGAGCUUCUAAAAUCUGUAAUUGAAAGAGACCAAAACUGAAUCAGCUUUUUCGCAAUUCUCUUGAUUUCAUGUGUUGUUUUUGGUUUUAUUUUGUCAUUUGUAGUCGUUUAGCUAGUAGUCUUUUGCAUGCGUCUCUGAUUAAAAAAGAAAGAAAUGUACCUUAAAUUUUUCUUAGAAGUCAAACCACUACUACACAGUUGUAAAACCAAAAUGGUGGCGUUUACUUUAUUCACAGUUUUUUUUUAAAUGUAAGCAUUUCUUCAUGUAAUCAAGUGUACAUACUUCAAGUAAUUGAAAUGGGAAAUUUGGUAUGCACUCCAACGGUUCCAUCAUGCACUGCCUCAUUACCAAAAAGGCCUUCCACAGAUAUUUUGUUGGCGCCAAUUUGAUUUCCUCCCAUGUUGUGAUUCAGCCAAAAAAAAAGUUUUUGUACAUAAUAAAUCAGGGAUGAAAAGAUGAUUUUAUUGAGUAUAUGAGCAGAAAUACAGGAGAUCGAUGUCAGAUUGUGAAUGUUAUUACCAGAUUUUCCCAUUUUGUUAAUGGAGAGACCAUAUUCAUGUUACACUGUGUCAGGUCAUAUAGUCACAUUAGCGUCAAAUGUCAGACAGGAAUUAAGAACAUCAGCUCAACCAUGAUUGCUAAGAAUAUGUUUUUCAGUAACCAAACAAAAAUUUAAUUCCUUUGGGGCAAAGGAGUUUUAUUACACUUUGGGCUUCAUAACCGCCUGCACUGAAAUCCAAUCUGAAAUAUGUUCAUUUCACACUGCUCAAUUGAAUGGUUUGUGGUCAAUAUCGAAAUGUCUGUUGCUGUUGCAGUCCAUGAAAGAUCUGAAAGAUCGCUUAUCGAUUGCUGGCAUUGUGAAUUGUGUGGAUGUAAUGGCUUCCACCUUGAAAUACACUCAUCUGAGGAGGGCCAUUCCAACAAGAUUGAAUUUCUUAGGAAGAAUUUAACGAUUAGAUUGCAACCCAGGCAAAGUACCUGUGUAAUGUGCACAUUGAUUUGCCCAUGCUGACUUUUGACCUGUGACAUUUGACCUGUAUCAUUUGAGUUUUUCCAGGUAGCACAUAAUCAGGAUUUCACCUCCUUUUCCCCUUCUUUAAAAAACAACAACAAAAUGGCUGCUGCAUCCAGUCACUGCAUUAACAACAGUUCAUUUACUCUGUGCCUGCCGAAUUGUUCUGCCACAAACCCUUAUUGUGUUCAUUCUUUCCCCCCAUUCUCAAAAUUAUCACCAAACCAAAUUGUGACCGGGUUUGUUUAACUAAUGCACUCUAAAAAAUGUAAAAUCAUUGUUGCUUGCCUAGGUCACCCAUUCUUAUGUUAUACUUUUUCUCAUUUUAUCACUGAUGUUUGUGCUUAAAAUUAUGUUGUGUAAACCCCCACUUCUAAUUUUUCAAUAAUAAUCAAUCUAGACGAGAAUCACGCUGGAAAAAAAUCCUAAAAGUGUUGUUAACCAUGGGCUGUUACAACAUGGCACUCAUUUGAUAUAACUCAUGUGAACUUUUCACUGUUUUGUGAUCGUGCAGAACAAAAUCAGUCAUCCCUUACUUUUUUGAGUUUGAAGCAUUUUCAUUUGUUUCUCUUAUUCUCUCCUACUGGUCUGCUCAUAACACAUUCACUGCCAUUCUGCAUGUCUCGUACGAAGGACAGCAACGACAACGGACGAUGUAAACAAUUCUUGUUAAUGCAGUGAUUGAUUUAUCUUAUCAAUUAUUUAGGGUGACCAAAAAAAAAGUUGGAAAUGGACUUUUGAAACUUUGAACCGAUUGAUUUAAACCUAGGAAGACCAGAGUUAAUUGUAAUUUCUUAUAUAUAGUAUAACAGGUGUUCAUUGUAUUGUUUUACACAGGCAUUAUAUUGCCUGAUUUUCUUUUGGUUCUAAACUGUACAGUUGCCUUCCGAUAUAAAGUUAGAGUGUAAUUAACUUUAUAUAAAAAAUAUUGUUUGAAUUGUACGACAGAGACAAUUACCACCAAUCAUUACUUUCAUAAUCAUAGUAAUUUAUAUGUAUACAGUGAUUUUGAAAAGAAAAUUUUACUUCUUUAUAUUUUGUUAUGAUCACUUGGAACAAAUGUUAUUUUUUUCUCCAAAAAGACAUGUUUUGCUAAUUAUAUAAAGACACAAACUUUUGUUAAUUGGGACAGUUUGACCAAUGAUCUCUCAAAGGGUGCUAUUGUUGAAUUAAUGGGAAGAAUACACAGAUGAAGAAAAAA